CGAAGAUGCGUGAGAGCAAAUAAUAAAAAAAACAGAACCACGCCGGUAUAGUUUGUUCUAGUCACGUCUCCAUCUUUACACCUAAAAGAUGCGCCCUGGCUCGGGAUGCCUUUCUGAGGAUCAUCAUUAAUUCUUCAUCCUCACUUAAUGGAAGAGGGAUGAAGACACGCGCCUGUUCUGUGUGAUUCACUCUCCUGCUGCAUCAAUGACUAACCUGCUCCAGAACACCUCUCUUUUGAACUUGGAUGUGUUGGAGGGAAGGAACUCGUCUUCUGCCCCAUCCUGGGAUCUGGAGCCGGAGCCCAUCGUCAUCAACCCGUGGGACGUGCUGCUGUGCGUGACAGGUACGCUCAUGUCCUGCGAGAAUGCGGUGGUGAUCUCUCUGAUCGUCUACACGCCCACUUUGAGAGCACCCAUGUUCGUCCUCAUCGGGAGUCUGGCAUUCGCCGACUUUUUGGCCGGCCUGGGCCUCAUCCUCAAUUUCAUUGUCACUUACAUGAUCGAUUCAGGUUUUGUUUCGUUACUGUCUGCGGGGCUCCUCAUAACUGCAUUCUCGGCCUCUGUGCUCAACAUACUGGCGAUCACCGUGGAUCGUUACUUGUCACUGUACAACGCCUUGACGUACCACACCGAGCGCACGGUGACUUUCACCUACAUCUCACUGAUAUUUAUGUGGGUCAUCAGCGCCACACUUGGCUCGCUGCCAGUCCUGGGCUGGAACUGCUUGGAGGACGAGACCACAUGCAGCAUCUGUCGCCCGGUGAACAAGAACAAUGCCGGAGCACUCGCCGUGUCCUUCCUCCUCGUAUUUGCUCUCAUUCUGCAACUGUACCUUCAGAUAUGUAAGAUCGCUUUCCGGCAUGCCCAGCAGAUCGCAGUUCAGCAGCAGUUCAUGACUACCUCACACUCGUCUUCCACAACGAAAGGGGUAUCAAUCCUUACCACGGUCUUGGGCACCUUUGCUCUGUGCUGGAUCCCCCUCGCCAUGUACUCGCUGGUGGCGGAUACUCGAUUCCCUGCUAUCUACACCUAUGUCACGGCUCUUCCAGCCAUCUGUCACUCCAUCAUAAACCCCAUGAUAUAUGCCUUCAGGAACCCUGAUAUUCUCAGAUCUUUGAGAAUUGCUUGUUGUGGGUGCAUGCCUUACAGUUUCACCAUGCGAACCAGGACACCCAGUGAUGUGUAGCAUGUCCAAAUUGAAGCACAAUUGUGGGAGUGGCCUCUCUGUAACUCCUAAAAGCACAUGUGGUUUAUAAUCCAAAAAUUGUAAUCCAGUUUAUUGAGAGAACACUUUUUAUUGGGGUGAUUUGGUAACACUUUACAUUAUAAUGUCCACGGUAUGCAUGUUACAGGUUACUGUAUCUAAUUACUCCAGUAACUGCAAUAAUAUUGUGUCACAGUAAAAAAAAUGUAAAACCAAAAGUAACUUACUUGCAACAAAUAGCCAGUCCAUCCGCAAAAUUCUGCAAUGCAUAAUAAUGUAAACAGUUUCUACAGUAAGACACAGUUGAAAAUACAGCAAUAAUACUGUGAAAAACAUUUAUAAGCAGUUUCACAAAAAAUUAAACGAAUAUUUCAACAAAAAAUAAAAAUGUUGUCAGUUUACUUACCCUCAUGUUGUUUCAAACAUGAAUUUAUUUUUUCCGUGGAGCAGACGAGGUACAUUUUUUAAGAAUAUCUUGGCCACUCUUUUCCAUAUAAUGAACGUGAAUGAGGACUUGCACUGUUAAGCUAUGACUCUAUUAUAGUAAUAAUAAUAAGAAAAAAUUCCAAGCCAUUGCAGACCAAAUUUUAGUCAAUAUUAACCUAUUGUCUCCUCAGUGAGCUGUUAACCUCUUAUACCGGAGUCAGUGAGUCACUUAUUUUGUGAGCUGCAUCAAUCGAUUCAUUGAAAAGAUCGGACAAAUAAGAACGAUUCAUUCACAAAUCGGACAAUGCUGAAGAAACGUCAUACGGAACGAAAUAAGCAUGAUUAAAUGAUGACAGAAUGUUUGGGUGAACUAUUCCUUUAAGUACAUGUUGUUCACUAGUUUUACACAAUAACAUGAUCACUGUAAUAUAAAGUGUGACCGGCGAUUUCUAUAGUGAUGUUAAGUUGCAUAGAUACAGUAUGUAGUGCAAAUAUAUGUUCUCUAUGCAUUGCCUUGGAUUUAAACAAAUCCGAUUUAAACUCGGAUUAUGGAACUAUGUGGUGAUGUCCAAAUACAAAUAAUGUUAUUAUUAUUAUCAUCAAAAGGGGAUAUACAAUAAUCCAGUUGUAGCAUACAUACUGUAUUACUUUGUUGCCUGUAAGCACUCUGGUAUGCUUGCACCUUUUCAUUUUUUGGCCUUCAUACUUGAGCGUGUUGUUGAUUUACAUUUGGCAUUAAGAUGAUUUACAUAUCUACAGUUUGACCAUCUGGCUCCGACAUUUGUACAUCAACAAACCUAACAUUUUCAAAAUCACAUCUCCAAAGAGAUGUCUUUAGGUGCGUUUCAGAACCACAGGCAGUGUGGACUACGGACCAACUGAUUGGUGCAUCUUUCUUGCUCCAUUAAUGUCGAAAUGAACACUUCUUGAGCUAAAACUAAAGCCAACAACUGCCUUACAAAUAUUCCCAAUGGCGCAUUUAGAAGAACCCAUGAAAUCAAAAUGAGAGUUUUGUUACAUUGAGUCCAUGAGUUUGCUUUGAGGCCAUCUAUGUGCCAGUGUACUUCUAGAUAAAAGCAAUUAAAAUAAGUCUUUCUCUUUCUGGAAAAUGGACCAAAAAUAUUGAUGACUCAUCUUGCACUACACAGAUCGUUGUCCAAUCAAUUCCUCUCUUAGUGCGCAACAGUCUGGUUCCGGAAGUAAAAAUCACAUUAUUUUUUUCCAUUGGGAGAUGAUUUUCAACAAUAACUGAUAAAGCUUCAAAGACAGACCUACCAUGAGCUACACUACCCAUGAUCCAACAAACUGCACCAAAAGAGCUCUGCAGCGACCGCCCAUUCGCAUGACAUACUGUGAAUGAUGCAAUCUAGUCGAUCUUCCUAAACUCUCAAACUAAUUACAGUAUAUACUGUAUUUGUAUGUACACCGAUGAGCCAAAACAUAUGCCAUAUGCCUAAUAUGCUGUUGGUCCUCUGUGUGCCGCCAAAACAGUGCCGACCCACCGAGGCAUGGACUCUACAAGACCCCUGAAGAUGUCUUGUGGUAUCUGGCACCAAGAUAUUAGCAGCAGAUCCUUCAAGUCCUGUAAGUUGCGAGGUGGAUCUGCCAUGGAUCGGUCUUGUUGGUCAAGCUUAUUCCAGAGAUGCUCAAUCGGAUUGAGAUCUGGGGAAUUUGGAGGCCAGGGCAACACCUUGAACUCUUCAUCAUGUUCCUCAAACCAUUGCCAAACAAUGUGUGCGGUGUGGCAGGGCGCAUUAUCCUCCUGAAAGAGGCCACUGCCUUCAGGGAAUACCAUUGCCAUGAAGGGGUGUACCUGGUCUGCAAUGUUGUUUAAGUAGGUGGCACAUGCCAAAUUGACGUCUACAAGAAUGGCCGGACCUAGUGCUUCCCAGCAGAAAAUUGCCCAGAGCAUCACACUCCCUCCACCACUUCCCACAGUGCAUCCUGGUGCCAUCACUUCCCCAGGUAAAUGGCGCACACGUACAAGGCCAUCCAUGUGAUGUUAAAGAAAACUGAACUUAUUGGACCAGGCGACCUUCUUCCACUGCUCCAAGGUCCAGUUCCAAACCCUCGCGUGCCCAUUUUUGGCACUUUCGACUGUGGACAGGGUUCAUCAUGGGCAAUCUGACUGGUCUGCCGCUACAUAGCCCCAUAUGCAGCAGGGUGUGAUGCACUGUGUGUUGUGACACAUUAAUCCUGUAACCAUCAUUAAAAUUUUCUGUGACUUGUGCCACAGUCGACCUUCUGUCUGUUCGUACCAUACGGGAUAGCCUUCGUUGCCCUGGUGCAUGGAUGAGCCUUGGGCGUCCAACACCUUGUCACCGGUUUGUGGUUUGUCCCUCCUCGGACCACUGUCGAUAGGUACUCACCACUGCUUACCGGGAGCACUUCACAAGCCUUGCUGUUUCAGAGAUGCUCUGACCCAGUCGUCUGGCCAUAACAAUUUGGCCCUUGUCGAAGUUGCUCAGGUCUUUACUCCUGCCCAUUUCUCCUGCAUUCAACACGUCGACUACUAGAACUGAUUGUUCACUUACCAUCUAAUCUACCCAGACCUUGACAUGUGGCCAUGAUUCACUUCACCUGUGAAUGGUCGUAAUGUUUUGGCUCAUCAAUGUAUCUGAGUAUUUUGCAAUAAACGUACAUUAUGUUGAUUCAAUACUUAUAAUCAACAACUUUAAAUCAGUAGUUUUUUAUAUUUUCAUUGUUUUGUUUUUUUAAAUUGAUUACACCAUUCAUUUAGGGGGUUGUAGUUCAUUCCCUCAUGAGAGAUGUACACAGUCUUGCACCUUUGUCUUUUUGUCAGAUUUUCAAAUACUUUUUUGCGUCAAAUCAAAGUUUGUAAUGUUGUGAUUCACCUGGUUGGUUUGGUUCAUGGCUAAAGGUGCGGUUACAUAUAACCUUUGCAUGGCGAAAUUCCGCGAGCGAAGAUGGUGUGGGCAGAUAUUGAGCGCGUGAAUGCAGUACUCUGGCUGAGGGAAGUUAAAAAGAAACUCGCCACUAAAAUAAUGUCUUUGUCCAUUGUGUAUAUUCAGUUUAGCUGUGUACGAAGCACCACCCACUCAGAGGUCACUGCCAAACCAAGCAACUUCCUAUUGGUCAACGCGGCGAGCAUUCGCCACAAAGUUCACCAAACUUGAACUCCACGUGAAAUCCGCAAAGGAAAAUUCUUCGCCACCGGAAGUUCAUUGCGAAAAAUUCACGAUCACGUGGAUUUUAGUUGAGAUGACUGUAUUUCGCCCGCGGAAUUUUGCCUUGCAAAUGUGUGUGAACGCGCAUUAAGAACUUUUUUAUGAAGGAUUUUAUGAAAUCCCAAUGGAAAAAAUGGAUAGGGAAAAUAUUUUCAGAACCAAGAUGGCUGAAAAAGUGGGCGAACAAUGUUGUGCUCUCUUGGCUGUUUAAGAAAAAUGGGCAAGCCCUUCGAUAUGUCCAACCCAAACUUCCUGUUUCAAUAAGAAACACAUAAACACAAGGCAGAAAUCUGUCACUCGUCAAGCGAUUUUAUGAGGUUUUUAAGGGUAUUUUAUUCUAUUCCAUUCUUGACUCUAAAUGUUCAUUGUCAGGAACCCUACCAGUGAUGCAUUGAGGAUACUCAAACACAUAUCUCUGGCAAACGUGUUCAACUAAACGUAAUAAUGCAUCAUGUUUCAGUUCAAGUUAUGUACUGUACAUUAUUUAUAAUAUACAGAAGCCUCUACUCUGGACCUUGAUGUUUUGACGAUGAUCUCCCAGGUGUAUUGUCAUAAUACGAGUCACGUGACUUUAUACUGAGAUAAGCAGUGAUAAUUGUUUUCUGUAAUAGUACAUUAUGGAUUUUGUGUUUUAUUUAUGCUGACACCAGUUGAAUGAAGGCCCCAAAGGGCCCAAAAAUGUGUUGUGUGAAUGUGUGGUGCAGUUUACCUUAUUUGCACUUGUUUUGAUCUAUUGCCAGCUUCAAACAGUAUUUUGUAAUCAUUCUAUAUUUGUAAAUGAAAACCGUAAUAGAGACAAAUAUUGUACAUUUGUCUUCACAGUUAUUCUAAGCAGCCUACUCUCGUUAACUAUAAGGGUAUCAUACUGUGUAGUCCUGGGUUUGAUGGGAAAUCUAUGUGCAAUGUUUGACAAAUCUUCUAGUGAUUGUUGGUAGAUGCAGCCAAAGAACCAAUAACAUGAUGCUUAAGAGAACUGGAUCACAUCUACUGCGUUGUAGCCAGCAUAAUAUAUCUUCAUUUCUGUAUGUACUGUUUGUUUGCAAGAUUUCCAUGAUUGUCUCAGACAUAUAUAACUUUGUAAGACAAUGAUCCAGUUACAAUGGUGUUCUGUGUAAUGUUGAUAUAGACGUAUAUUUUUGUACUGCCUUUUACUGAAUGUUUCACUCGAUGUGUGUUGUUGUGUAAUGUGUUCAAGCUAUAUGCUUUUGAGAUGUGUCUUCUCUGAUUGUGUACAUAAAUAGCAUGCCACAGUGCUCAUCAAUCAUUGUCUGGUAUUCAAACCAGAAAAAUAAUGUAUGGCUAUGUUAAAAAUGGAAUACUAGCAUACUUUAGUGUAGACUCUAUGCUACCUUAUUUUUUCUAAGUAUGGGAAAUAAUAUGCAUAGUUUAACGGUUCAAACAGUACAUUUACGCAUUUGGCAGAAGCUUUUAUUCAAAAAAUGAAUAUUUUUUUUUUCAGGCUUAAUCAGCCUAAUUUGGGCCGGGUGUGCGGAAUCACGACCUGGCCCCGCCCUCCGCCCUGCCACAGAGUUAUAAGCCUUUAAUUUUAGGCAUGCUACUGAAACAGGAAAUCUUUAAAAACACCUUCAGAGCUUAAAGGGUUAAGUUGUAAUUCAAAUAGCAUGUUAAGUUGAAAUGACAUGUUUCAACUAUAAAAUGAAACGUUCAUCUAUUUAAAAAAAAAAAAAACAUUUGUAGACUUGAAUAAAAAUACACAUUUUUAUUUGUAAAUAAAAAUAAACAUUUUAGACCAUUCAUUAAUAUUUUUUUUUUUUUACUGUAAUUACUGAGCCAUGCCAACAAAUAUAUUUAAGAUUUUUAACCCUUAGAGUCGAGGUUUAAUCCACUAUGGAUUUUAAGCUCAAUUAGACUUAUAAUUUUAAGACUUAGAAACUGUAAAUUAGAUUCAUUUAAGCUCAAGCUUGACUCUUUACCACAGUGGUAACCCCCAAAACUCCAACAUCUAAAUCUCAACAUAACAGAAUAUUAUACUAAAACAUUUCCCCCUUUAUUCAGGCACAAAAACACAUAAAAUAGCUCUUACCUUCAGAAUGACUCACUACCCAUACUACCCGUAUGUGUCUAUGGCAGAAAUAGUAUGAGUAGAAUGGUAGUAUGUCAUUCCGAACUCAGCCUUACUCUCCCUAGAGUCUCAUGCAAAGCAUGCAGGGAAAAAAAAUUAGUUAGUCACAAAAAAAGUUCACUUCACAUAUUAUUAAAUGCCGUAAACUUCAUAUACCAACCGUCUUGAUGUAAAAAAAAAAAAAAAUGUUUUUCACUUCAUCUGUUUUAACAUAUAUUUUUGUUUUUGUUUUGUUUUUUGGAUUUUUCUCCCCAAUUUGGAAUGCCCAAUUCCCAAUCCCCUCUAAGUCCUCGUGGUGGCGUAGUGACUCACCUCAAUCCGGGUGGCGGAGGAUGAAUCUCAGUUGCCUCAGCGUCUGAGACUGUCAAUCCGCACAUUUUAUCACGUGGCUUGUUGAGCACGUUACCGCGGAGACCUAGCGCGUGUGGAGGCUUCACGCUAUUCUCCGCGGCAUCCACGCACAACACGCCACGCGCCCCACCGAGAGUAAGAACCACAUUAUAGCGACCACGAGGAGUUUAACCCAAUGUGACUCUACCCACCCUAGCGACCGGGCCAAAUGGUUGCUUAGGAAGCCUGACUGGAGUCACUCAGCACACCCUGGAUUCAAAUGUACUGUUAAACACCGGAGUAAGAACAGAAGCCACAUGAGUCAUCCAGGAGUAAUGACCAAUACACAUGUAGAGACAUGCAGAGAGUUACCCACACAAACACCAUCAGGGUAACACAUGUGACACUAAAAUAAUGCAAUAAACACUAAACUACACCUGAACUACAUAAAAAAUAACAUAGAACACCCUAAUAUACAUUACUGAUAUCAUAAAAUAAGAAGAAACAUUACAAUUUCCAUAAAAUAUGAUGAAAUGUGAUGGGUCACGCAGGGACUAUUGGGAACACUGAAUUAUUGUUCUUCAUCAUCAUUUUAAUAAUAGUUUACCGUAAAAAGUAUGGCUUCUCUUGUUAAACAAAAUAUAAUUUUUCUACAGUUAAUUAGAAGGUAAAACCAUACUUUUAAAAUUAAGGACACUUUUUACAGUGAUGAAAAUUCCCUACCCAGUUUCAUUAAUGCAAAACACAAAAAACAUUUAUGUUUUCCCAACACAAAUGGAUUAAGUAAACUUACAUUUUACAAAUCUAAGUGUAUUUCACUUAGUGAAAUUGCGUUGCUUUCAUUUUAAUGAAGUCAAUUGAAUGAGCAGUAAUAUGCAUUUAUGUUGGGUUUAAUAAACUCCAGAUUAAUGUU